AUGAAUAAGAACAAUGAUUAUGGUGAAUCGUUAGAUAUGAUCAAUGAAGAUACAGAUAUAGAUGUAGUAGAUAGAGUUGAUAAAGAUGGUGCCACUUUAUUUGAUUCUGAUAAUUUAAAUAAUAAUAAUAAUAAUAAUCAAUUAAAUAAUCAACAAGAUAAACAACUACAACAACAGCAACAACUUCAACAUAAACAAAAAGUAAAAGAAAAACAAAAACAAAAACAAAUCAAAAAUGUAUAUAAAUUAGAAUCAAAACAACAGCAGCAGCAACAACAAAAACAAUCUAUAUUCAGUUGUUUCAAAUCAUUCUUGACAACUUUAGGUGGUUGUUUUGAAUUGCUUUGUUUCGAUUGUUGCUAUGGCUCCAGUGCUGCCGAUAGAAAAGAGAAAAGAAGACGUGGAAAGUACGGAAAGCUACCGACUGUCGGUGACUCUGACGAGCCAAUGACCAGAGUGCGUCUUGGUUUCCAGGGUAAAGACAUGUGGAUCGAGACUAAAAACCUCAAUUUUCAUCAGACUUUUGGUCGCUAUUGUGUACUGAUGGACGAAAAAGAUCGAAUCAUACCGUUCACAAAGAACGGUGAACUCGUCGAGCCACUAGAUCCCAACAGCAAAUACAAGAUCGUUGCAAACUGCUACGGUACAGACAACAAAGACAAAUGGAAACAAUUUAAAGAAACUGAAAAAAUUAAAAUGGCAAAGCUUCAAAAACCACAAAUCAAACAACAACAACAACAACAACAAAAGUCUACCAAAAGUAAAAGUAAAAAUAAAAAUAAAAAUAAUAACAAUAACAAUAAUAAUAAUCAUGUAACAAUAAUAAAUUCAACUUCAACUACCAUUAACAAUAAUAAUAAUAACAAUAUCACAUCUAAUAAUAAAGAAGAAAAAGAAGAAGCUGCGGAAGAUUGUGAGAUAGUAUCAAAUCUAUAA